AUGAACAUAACAAUUGUGUCUAAUUUUUAUUAAUAAAUACUGAUGAAGAUCGAAUAGUAUCAGGGAGCAGAGAUUGAACUAUUAAUUUUUGGUUAAUUGGAAAGAAUGGUAGUGUUAAUAAACCUUAAAAGAUCAUUCUAAAUCUUUAUAUGGAUUGAGUUUGAAUUAAUAAUUAAGUCGACUUGUAUCAUGUGGACAUGA